AAAGACAACAUCUAUCAUUUUCUUUUGAUCUUGUACAAAAGUAAAUGGCAAGUUGUAGAUCCCGACCACCGUGUGUUGGUACGCUAAGCCGCGGCGAGGUUUCGGAAAACUCUGGUUUUCGGUCUAGACCUCCCGGUUCUUGGGGAUGUCCGAAGAAAAUGAGACAAAAUCAUGUGUCUUCUUCGACAAGGCAGCAACAACGAAGCUGGACCAACACCAACAGUGGACAAAGAGAGAGCCAUUCCUAUUUUGGAGACUCCCGUGGGGUUGUUGCGGCGGAUGAAGCAGAGUUAGUGGCGGUGCUGAGGGAGGCUCAUCCGUACGUGAAUUUACAUAGAGACAGUAAAUUUGUCGUUAUGUUGUCGGCUGAGCUACUUGACUCCGGUUCGACCCUCGAUGGCAUUCUCAAGGACAUAGCAUUUCUUCAUCAUCUGGGCAUUAAGUUUGUUCUAGUUCCUGGAACUCAAGUGCAAAUCGACCAGCUUCUAGCUGAGAGAGGACGCGAGCCUACAUAUGUGGGUCGUUACAGAGUCACAGACUCAGCAUCUCUGCAGGCUGCCAAGGAAGCUGCGGGAGCAAUAUCUGUAAUGAUUGAGGCCAAACUAUCUCCCGGACCUUCUAUUUACAAUAUACGCCGACAUGGUGAUAGUAGUCGUUUGCACGAAACAGGUGUUAGGGUCGAUACUGGCAACUUCUUUGCAGCAAAGAGAAGAGGUGUUGUUGAUGGUGUUGAUUUUGGAGCAACUGGUUUAGUGAAGAAGAUAGAUGUAGAUCGGAUCCGUGAGAGGCUUGAUAGUGGUUCUGUAGUUUUAUUGAGGAACUUGGGCCAUUCCAGCUCCGGAGAAGUCUUAAAUUGCAAUACCUAUGAGGUUGCUACAGCAUGUGCUUUAGCUAUAGGAGCAGAUAAGCUUAUUUGCAUAAUGGAUGGUCCAAUUCUUGAUGAGAAUGGACAUCUUGUUCGGUUCUUGACUCUUCAGGAAGCAGAUACGUUAGUCAGAAAACGGGCACAGCAAAGCGAGAUAGCUGCCAAUUACGUGAAGGCUGUUGGGGAUGGAGGCAUAAGUAGUUUUCCUGAACCUCUUGGUUACAAUGGGAUGGUGACGACUCCCAACAAUCAUAUUCGGAGACCGAUUUGGGAAAUACACACUCCGACCUUUCAGAAUGGUGUUGGAUUUGACAACGGAAAUGGGUUGUGGUCUGGGGAGCAAGGUUUUGCUAUUGGCGGUGAGGAGAGAAUUAGCCGUUUGAAUGGAUAUCUCUCUGAACUGGCUGCAGCAGCGUUCGUUUGCAGAGGUGGUGUCAAUAGAGUUCACUUAUUGGAUGGUACUAUAAGUGGAGUGCUAUUGUUGGAGCUUUUCAAAAGAGAUGGAAUGGGGACUAUGGUGGCAAGUGAUGUAUAUGAAGGAACCCGGGAGGCGAAAGUGGAAGAUCUUGCUGGAAUAAGACAAAUAAUCAAACCCUUAGAAGAAUCUGGGGCUUUAGUUCGUAGAACUGAUGAGGAGCUACUGCGAGCUUUGGAUUCGUUUGUGGUUGUGGAACGAGAAGGACAGAUUAUCGCUUGUGCGGCUUUGUUCCCUUUCUUUGAAGACAAAUGUGGAGAAGUUGCAGCUAUCGCAGUUGCAUCAGAUUGCCGUGGACAAGGCCAGGGAGAUAAAUUGCUCGAUUACAUUGAGAAGAAAGCGUCAGCUCUUGGACUCGAGAUGCUUUUUCUUCUGACAACGAGAACCGCAGACUGGUUUGUGAGACGUGGGUUUCAGGAAUGUCCAAUCGAGAUGAUACCAGAGGCAAGACGGGAAAGAAUCAAUCUUUCGAGGAGAUCGAAGUAUUACAUGAAGAAGUUGUUGCCAGACAGGAGUGGGAUAUCUGUUUUCCUUCCCGGCUUUGAAGGCCCUCUUCCUUUUGAACUCGAAACCGGGUACAUUGGUAUUGGUGAGAAAGAGGAAGUGCAAUCGUUCUACUACUUUGUCAAAUCUGAGAACAAUCCAGAAGAAGACCCUCUUCUUCUUUGGUUAAGUGGAGGACCUGGAUGUUCUUCUAUCACUGGCCUUCUUUUCGAGAAUGGACCUUUGGCUUUGAAGUCCGAGGUUUACAAUGGAAGUGUCCCUUCUUUAGUCUCUACUACAUAUUCGUGGACAAAGACGGCGAACAUAAUAUUCUUGGAUCAGCCUGUUGGAGCUGGCUUCUCCUACUCAAGAUCCUCACUUAUUGAUACGCCUACUGACACAGGCGAAGUUAAGAAUAUCCAUGAGUUUCUCCAAAAGUGGCUAAGCAAGCAUCCACAGUUUUCUUCCAACCCUUUUUAUGCUAGCGGAGAUUCUUAUGCCGGUAUGAUUGUUCCAGCCCUCGUUCAAGAAAUCUCUAAAGGAAAUUAUAUAUGUUGCAACCCUCCUAUAAAUCUACAGGUCAUUGACAUUUAAUUGCUCCUUGUCAUUUCCUAAGAAUAUUGAUUUUUUAAAAAGUUCUGAUCAAAUCAUAUUAUUAGGAUUUUUUUUGUACACUAGAAAUUGAUAGUUAUGUGCCGACAAAAUAAAAGAGAUUGAUAAUU